GGUAAACUGAGUAACCGCGGCGUUUCAGGCGGUCAAACGCAACAGUAGUCAAUUCAGAAAAGCCUGCACAUUUAUCUUGUUUUCUUUUUUCCAAUUCCUCCAGGACAACUGGAUCAAAAGUACUUUUAUUAUUUUCAAAGAAGAUUGCUAGACUGGUGCUUGCAAUCAUGUCAUUACCGGCAGUAAGGCAGGCGGCUUCGAGGGCGCUGAGGAUGCGUGGACCCGUUUACCGGACCGUCAGGAUGGUGUCAACGACCUCGCAUGAGAGCCAGCAGAGGCUUCUCUCCUCGCACCUGCAAACCGCAGACCCGGCCAUGUACGAUAUCGUCGAGAAGGAAAAGCAGAGGCAGAAGCACUACAUCAACCUCAUUCCGUCGGAAAACUUCACAUCCCAGGCAGUUCUGGAUGCUUUAGGAAGCCCGAUGCAGAACAAGUACUCCGAGGGUUACCCCGGAGCGAGGUAUUACGGUGGUAACGAGUUCAUCGACCAAUCCGAGAGGCUAUGCCAGCAACGAGCAUUGGAGACUUUUGGCCUGGAUGAGAAGCAGUGGGGAGUCAACGUGCAAGCUCUCUCUGGCGCCCCCGCCAAUCUGUACGUCUACUCGGCCCUCAUGGGCGUCCACGACCGCAUGAUGGGUCUAGACCUGCCCCACGGUGGCCAUCUUUCCCACGGAUACCAGACGCCUACCAAGAAGAUCUCCUUCAUCUCAAAGUACUUUGAGACGGUCCCCUACCGCCUGGACGAGUCGACAGGCUACAUCGACUACGACAAGUUGGAGGAGCUGGCGCACGUCUACCGCCCCAAGAUCAUCGUUGCGGGCACCUCGGCCUACAGCCGGUUUAUCGACUACAAGCGUAUGCGUGAGAUCUGUGACAAGGUCAACGCGUACCUGCUGGCCGACAUGGCACACAUCUCGGGCUUGGUCGCGGCCAAGGUCGUCCCGACACCGUUUGCCUACGCAGACAUUGUGACCACUACCACCCACAAAUCUCUACGAGGCCCUCGCGGUGCCAUGAUCUUCUUCCGGAGGGGUGUGCGUUCGACCAACCCCAAGACCAAGGCGGAGGUUUUGUAUGACCUCGAGAACCCCAUCAACCAGUCCGUCUUCCCCGGUCACCAAGGCGGGCCGCACAACCACACCAUCGCUGCCCUGGCCGUGGCGCUCAAGCAGGCCCAGAUGCCCGAGUUCCGCGCGUACCAGGAGCAGGUCCUUGUCAACGCCAAGGCGUUUGCCCGCCGGCUGGGCGAGGCCAAGGGCAGCGGCGGUGGUCUGGGCUACAAGAUCGUUUCGGGCGGCACGGACAACCACCUCGUGCUGGCCGACCUCAAGCCGCAGGGCAUCGACGGCGCCCGCGUCGAGCGCGUCCUGGAGCUGGUCGGUAUCGCCGCCAACAAGAACACGGUGCCUGGCGACAAGUCGGCCCUGACACCCGGAGGUCUGCGCAUGGGCACUCCGGCCAUGACGACGCGUGGUUUCGGCGAAGACGACUUUGUCCGCGUUGCUGACAUUGUGGACCGGGCGGUUACGAUCGCCGUCAGGGUCGACAAGGCGGCCAGGAAGGCGGCCGAGGCCAAGGGCGAGAAGACCCCCGGCAAGCUCAAGAACUUUUUGGCAUACCUGGGCAACGGCGAGACGGAGAGCGAGAUUGUGCAGCUCAGGAGCGAGGUUUCCGACUGGGUGGGGACCUACCCUCUUCCGUGGGAUGUGAAGCCUUGAGUGAGGGGAGCUUGAGGUGCUGAUUUCAUUUUCUUUUGGUUUUCUUGUGUUUUAACCUUGUUCUCGUCAUGGAUUCUUUUUGGGGGUAUUGGGGGGUUAUUUCUGCCUUUAUUGCAAUCAGAUCUCAACUAUCUAUAUGACAUAUACUGGGUUCUUUCGCAUUCUUCGUGUUUUUUUUUCUUCGUUCCUCUGGAUCGUUGAAUACGCUCAACUGGCAUUCGAGAUGAUGAAGGAAGCUGCCAUGUUGCUGCUCUUCCUAUUGUCGUUGGGCUGGUAUGGUGCAAACCUUGAGAGAAAAAAAAGUUCUACUUUUCCUCUUUUCCUUGACCUGACGCAUUUUCUUAUGUCGCAUUAUGAAACAUGAUUUCGUUGCGCGACUCACAGUCACGGCUUGUGUUUUUUUUUUUUUUU